GCUCGGCAUGGAUCGCGAGGGGAAGCCAAGCAAACGACGUAUUAGUGCUGGUUCCGGGAGCAUGGAGCAGUCUCCGAAAAAACGGAAGGGGACACCGACGGCUGGCGUGGGGGCUGGCGACACACCAGGGUCUAAGGGUCAUCGAACCCCGGUGCUGUGGGGUGCACUUUCUACGGGCACUCCUUCCGCCCAUGUUCGAGGUUCGGGACCGGAUUCGGCUGUGCUGAUGAGUGGUGGGGCUGCGGGUCGAGAAGAGGAGGCUACUGGUCGACAGGGGAAAUCUGCGAUGGACGUUGUGCCGAGGCGUAAAAGGUCUGGUGACACGUCCGCUGCAGGUGGGCUGGUUUUGUACGUGGUGAUCAAAGAUAACAUUGUUCCGAUUGGCGGUGUGGUGAAGUGGAGUGGAGGAAAUUCACAGUUCGCCAUGUUGGAGUUGACGAUGGUCCUUAACGCUAGAGCCCCUGUGAAGCGUAGACCGACAUCAACCAAGGAACCCGUUUCCUUGGUCCGCCCGCCGCGCUAUGAGUUGGCCAUUCCUGCUGGGUCGCAUUAUUUUGGAGAUGACGACGAGGAGAACAACGAAGAAGAAUGGGAGCGCGAUGAAGAACACGAAGAAUGUGAGGAGGAUGGCGAAGAAGAGGAAGUAAAGAGUGAACAAACAAUCAGCGAGAGGGGUGGGUCGGGCGAGUUGGAGGGUCGUCUAGGGGUUGAGUAUGAGGACGAAGGGCAAAAAGAGGAAACGACCGGCGAGGGAGGGUAUGCAGAUGUGCAUCGAGGUUCCAAACGAACGCAGCUGCUCGCCCCGGGUCAUGGGCAUUGGGAAGCGGAUCUAAGGCGCGGGGAAAUGCACCGCGAAGUUGGGGUCGAGCCGGCGCAUGACGAUGCAGUACGACUAGCUGAGAAGAAAAGGAAGAUGAGGCAAGAGAGGAGAAGUGUUAUGGACAGUAAGAAAACCAAGCAGGAGGGGAGAGCCAAGCAAGAGGAGGGCAAACGCAAGUUGAAAAUGCUGGCAGUUGAGGAGGCCGUCCAACGUACGCGGGAGCCUGAGGAGGCCAUGAAGAAAAAAUGGCAGCCAACGAAAAAAGCAGCGAAGGGGGGUGUGAUGGAAAAAACUUCCGUUUUUCCACCGGACCAACCACAGUCGGAUGAAGACGCUGUGGGCAAGACAAUCACCAGACCGCCCGGUUUGCAGAUUCUGCCGCAUGGGAAUUCUUCUGGUCAUCUGAGCAAAGACUUCUUCCGUGAGUUCGACGAGAAUGGUAACCAGAGGCCGGAAAUGCAGUUCAUUUCUGUCAAGUUGGACAGGAUUCUGGAUAUCCCUGAUGAGAAAUUCAGAUAUAAUCAACGCUUCCUCGAUCGGGAGCUUAUUGAUGACCUUUACAAAACAAUGGUUGAGUCGGGUGAGGCAGCUAUCAGAGAGAGAACGACCGGGGCAGCCGGGGUGAAUGUAUGUGCAUUGUACGAGAAGCCUGUCCUUCUGUUGAUUGGGCUACAUGAUACAAUUCAUACUGACGCUUCCGAUACGAAUGUGAGGGCGAGAAGAGUGACGCCCCGCGAAUUCGAUCUCCAAUCCGUGCGCAAGUACUACUGGUACCCUCUCAGUGGUCAACACAAUGUUGCAGCGGCGAGGAAAUGUUCUCAAGAACGCCCUGACAUCGCCCGUGAGCUCCGUUUGGAUUGUUGGACUGCAAGGCCUGUUUACUAUCCGAAUAGGAGCAUGAAAAAUUACUGCACCUUGAGCACUUUCCAAAAUGCGAAGGACAAAUGGAAUACUCCUCCGCACCAGAUUGCUAUCAUUAAGAACAUACGAAAGUUGUGGCAAGCAGUCGGUCGUCGAGAAGCUAUAGGCGGAUCUGCUGCAGACGUCAAAAAUAAGGAUUACAGAGAGUUUGCGGCGAUGGCUCUGCGCGCGACCGGGAGUGAUCAUUUGGUUACUCUUUCACUUCAGCCUUGGAGCAAGGAGUGGUCCGACGUCCUCGGGCCUCGCAUGAUAUUGGCAAGGGCGACGGACGAUGUGUUCGAGAAGGUGCAACAAGUGUAUUCUACUUGGGAGAGUGGACAGUUGCCGGGAAGAGAUGUGGUGAAGCCUGCCACCAAACAAGGUGAAUCGGGGAAAGCGCUGAGACCUGGCCCCGGAUUCGAGUUGGAAAAAGGAGUCAGGGUUCCAGUGCACUGGAUUUAGGGUACUAGAGGACAUGGUUACUUCGUGGCUGUGCGCGAUCCGGAUGUCAGAUCAUGGAAGGCUAUGUAUACGUUGGGGAGGCGUGAGAGGCUGCAGCUGUUGAGAGACAUUCUCACGGGAAGUGUCGUAUUGGCUCCAAGGCUAAGUAAAGCUGUUAACACUGU